AUGGUCCAUCUAGCCACCGUCAAGAAGGACCACCAGGUCUCCAAGCCUGCUGCUCACUCCGAGCUCCCCGCCGUGGAGACCCUGGAUCUCAGCGCGCCAGGAGAAGACGACUACUCGACCAGCGUCUACGGCUCGCAAUAUGCCGCCAAGUCGCUGCCGGCGUAUGAGAUGCCCGAGAAGGAGAUGCCCCGUGAGGUGGCCUACCGUAUGAUCAAGGACGACCUGAGCUUGGACGGCAACCCGAUGCUAAACCUUGCCUCUUUCGUGACCACCUACAUGGAAGACGAGGCCGAGAAGCUCAUGGCCGAGGCCUUCAGCAAGAACUUCAUCGACUACGAAGAGUACCCGCAGUCCGCUGACAUCCAGAACCGAUGCGUCAACAUGAUUGCGCGCCUAUUCAACGCCCCCGUAGACGAGCACAGCGACAAUGCCAUGGGCACCUCCACCAUCGGCUCGUCCGAGGCCAUCAUGCUCUCCACGCUCGCCAUGAAGAAGCGGUGGCAGAACAAGCGCAAGGCCGAGGGCAAGGACUGGUCUCGCCCCAACAUUGUCAUGAACAGCGCUGUGCAGGUCUGCUGGGAGAAGGCGGCCCGCUACUUUGACGUCGAGGAGAAGUACGUCUACUGCACCGACGACCGCUACGUCAUUGACCCCGUCGAGGCUGUGAACCUGGUCGACGAAAACACCAUUGGGAUCUGCGUUAUCCUCGGCACUACCUACACGGGCGAGUACGAAGAUGCCAAGACCAUCAACGAUCUGCUGGUCAAGAAGGGUCUCGAUGUCCCCAUCCACAUUGACGCUGCGAGCGGUGGCUUUGUGGCUCCUUUCGUCAACCCCAACCUAGAAUGGGACUUUAGAUUGGAAAAGGUGGUCUCGAUCAACGUGUCGGGUCACAAGUACGGUCUGGUCUACCCUGGUGUCGGAUGGGUCGUCUGGCGCUCCCCCGAAUUCCUCCCCCAGGAACUCGUCUUCAACAUCAACUACCUUGGGGCGGACCAGGCCAGUUUUACCCUCAACUUUUCCAAGGGCGCCUCCCAGGUCAUUGGACAGUACUACCAGAUGAUCCGUCUGGGCAAGCGUGGAUACCGCUCCAUCAUGCUCAACCUCACCCGCACGGCGGACUACAUUACCAGCAAGCUCGAGGAGCUCGGAUUCAUAAUCAUGAGCCAGGGCCGUGGCCACGGCUUGCCCCUGGUUGCCUUCCGUCUGAACCCCAAGGACGGACACCUCUUUGACGAGUUUGCCAUUGCCCACCAGCUCCGCGAGCGUGGCUGGGUGGUGCCGGCUUACACCAUGGCGCCGCACAGCGAGAGCCUGAAGAUGAUGCGUGUUGUUGUGCGCGAGGAUUUCAGUGUGCCCCGUGCCGACGCGCUGGUGAAUGACAUUAAGCUUGCUCUGCAGACGCUGGGAGACAUGGACAAGACCAUGAUGGUCAAGUACCAGCAACACGUCCAGAACCACGUCGUCAACUCGCACAAGUCGCACCACAACCACCCUGCAUACAAGAAGGAGAAGCACUCCUUGCAAGGAAAGCACGGCAAGACCCAUGCCGUGUGCUAA